CACCAUUCACCAGUGUCCGAUACCCCUCUCCUCUUUCUAUGCACUCCUAAUUCGUCGGUGGCCUUCCCGUCCUGGCGUUUGGCUACACCCCGAACUAGCAAUGAAAGCUAUUGGCCGCCGUGUGCAGCAUGGAACAAGGGCUUUCAGCAUACCCUGCAGGCAGGCCCCGCGCUUUCCGCACAGGAAUCACUUUGCAGAGAUGUGCUGUCCGCUGACGUGUCCCCGCACAUAAACACGAAGUCUUCCGCCGACGCCGAUCUGCUCAGGUCGCCUCUAGCUUGCUCUGUAAGCACAAGAGGAAAAAACGAACACCUAACAGACAUCCUUCGUAGCCACACAUUAGUAUCUCCGCUAGAUCACGUCUCCUCUAGCUAGGCAUUUGAUGAGCGAUCCAACCAUGUCCAGGCGCCAUUCAACCGCAACUCGCGCCAACUGGUCAAUCCAGCCGACGCGCAUGCUCGAUGACGAUCCGUCCCCGACAUGCUUGUCGGACCUAUCCCACGGGCCAGCUGCCGCCCAUGAUCUUCUUCGACACUAUUUCGGCUGCAUCAAGAUCCAUCAGCGCGAUGGUUUUCUAGAUCGAUCCAACGCGUUUUGGAGAGAGCGGGCUGACAUUGAGUUUUCGAAGAUCGUGGCAGCCACAAACGAUGACGUCGAAGAGAGCGACAGGCUAGAGAUGCAGUAUCAUGCAGACCGCCAGGUUGAAAAGGCUAUUGCCGAGUUGGCUAUCUCAAUUGAAGCCCAGUACAAGAAAACCGGCGUGUUGCGCCGAGCCUUGAGCAAAGAAACCGUCCAGUGGCCACCACCGCGCCCGCCAACCGUAGAUGGUAAUCUGGUGCUCUGCAUUGACCAAAGCCGAAAGGCAUGGAGAGCAUCUCAGGAGUAUCGACAGGGAAUCGAGAAGGUUCGCAGCUGGAAGAGACUGAAAAGCCUCCGUACCGACCCGGAAGCCUCGCUUGACACGGUCGAAACCGAGCCUGAAUAUGGGCGGCAGUCUGUCCGCGAGAUCAUUAGGAGGUAUCGACCCCAUAGUUCACUCGACGAGCGACCUUCUGAUUACGAUGUGGAGAGAGACGCCAAGGCAUACCUGAUUCAGUAUACUUUCAUGCCCCAUCCUAAGGCAGACCACAGCGCUAUGGAAGGCCAGUCUCAUUCGUUUAGCGACACAAUAACGCUAAAUAGGCCUGCCGAACCAACUGAAGAAAAAAUUGAGGACGUUCGAUUUGAAGGGAGAUUCCCUCACCAGCAUGUAUCUGUCGACUUGCUCCUGAGAUCAGGUUCCGAUAAAAGUCGGCGGCACGGGUUGAGCAACAUUCUUUCGCGGGAACUUUGCCAUCGGAAAGAUCCAACACGGCUGAGAUAUAUCCAUCUCCCGUUCAACAAUAUGGAGUGGGUUGAGAGUGUAAUUGCCGGCUAUUACGACGACCCACCUCCCGCGUUGAGUGUCAACCAGCCUGAUGCGUCGAUACAGACCCAGACGCAAAUGCUUCUGCGUCCGGAACUCUGGCGCGGCCAGCAAAACGGCGCUUGGAGUGGAACGGCACACGCAAGGCACAUGCGACCGCUCUGUGAGCGAACAUCGUCAGAAGUCAACGACUUCGUCGAAAAUCCAGAAAACAUCGUGCUUUUCAUGCCCUAUAUGGGUUGGGAAACGGACAGAACAAAAGAAGUUGUCUCCAAAGUUGUCGAAGCCGAAUCGGAAAGGUACCGCAAACGGCGGGAGGCGUCUGCACUCGAGAAAAAGCAGGCCCAUAUUCAGCGCAGGCAUGAGCUGGGCGGCAACGGGAAGCGGAUAACCCACUCCGAUUCGUUAGGCAUGCCCGAAAUCCUAUCGAAAAGCAAAGCGCCUCUCCGCUUUCUUGCGGAAAUUCCUUCCAGUUCUCCCAAACAGCCGCCCGGUAAGGUACGCAUCGCUGAAGACGGGCGCCUGUUAGUAGCCAGCGCCUUGGGCCAAUAUCUCAUAGACGCAGCAAGACUGUACGAAGGCAUGUCGGCAUUCCAAGAUCAGCAGAUGGUCGAGAAGUAUCUUUAUAGGGACCCGCCAUUCCAUCCUCGACGAACUUUAGACCAGUUCCGCCACCCGGGGUUGAAGAGGACAAAAGCGCGGGACCGAAGUCAAGUCGUGUAUCGCGGCACUAGUGAUAUGCCAGCUUUCCGGCAUAGGCUAGUACGGAGCAUGCGGGAAUCGGCAACGAUACCUGCCGAACGCAGUCCAGCCGGCGAGGAUGUGGGGCGAAACGGUCCGGAGCAUCGGGACAGGGACGGAGAGGAGACCACAAGUGGCUCUCGUCGAGGAAUCUUGGGAAAGCAAGAUAAACCUGACCUCAGGUGGCGGUGGACUGGCCACUGGAGCGGCACUGACGACAAAGGCUGCGAGCAUUGCGCAAGCGACAUCAAGAAAACCCCGAAACUCAUCAUGGUUGAUCAGCUUUGGAUGUGGGUCCUUGACGAGAAGACAGUCAUUACGGCUUUCCCCGGGAGAUAUGGUAAUGGCUAUGACAGGCAUCUUGAUGGUAUACACAAGUCGAUUAGGAAUCGGCUAAGGAGUGCACGGAUAUGGUCAGCUUUUGAUAUUGCACUCAUCAUCCUUGACGAAUGCUCGACCACUUUCUUUAGCCGCACCGGUAUCGAUAACAGCCAACCUCGAGUACUGGAUAUCUUUUCGGAAGCUAUCGGUCGCGUGACAAACCUAUCCACCAUCUCUCUUGGCCACGUUUGGCACUGGGGCGAGAAGGCUUCUGAGAUCUUCCGGUCGAAAUAUCGAAACAAAGAAGAAUCGAAACUUUAUCUGCCUCUGCUUGACAUCAACGUAGAAGGGAAGCUGCUACAAGAAGUGAAGGAUAUCUUGGAAGAGGUGGAUAUUAUGCUCAGUAUCCUGAAACGGCAGCGUGAGAUUAUCCGGAUAUUUGGUAAAAAUGUUGAACAAAUAGUAGACCCCGGAAGACUAUGGGCUACAGAACCAGAUGGUAUGAGCUCCACUCGUUUUUUCAGUGAUGGCGAGGAGGGGAGGGUAUAUCCAGGUCAACAUGCGUUCGAAGUACAGAGCAACCUGACGAGGAAACGGACCCAGCUUCUUUGGUUCCGCGUACAAUCCCUAGACCUGAUCAACAAAGUUUCAGACAGAAUGAACGAGCUGGAGGAUCUUAGGGAAGGCGCGAAGAGCACAGCGCAGGAUGUCUUUGAUUUACUGACGCUGAAGCAACAACAAGCAAACGUAUUCCAAAUCGGGAGUUUAACAAACGCCGAAGAAGCAGUCCGCCAGGGCCGUGCCGUCAUGAUGUUUACGGUUGUCACUAUUAUCUUCGUGAGUCACUCUUCAUCAUACUUUCUUUUGCUAAUAAAUGAAGCUUAUAUGGCGCUGUUACAGCUCCCGCUCUCAUUCAUGGCGAGCGUGUUUGGGAUGAACAAUAGCAGCUUUGGGGAUGACCACUGGUCACUAGAAGACCAGUUCCGACUGAUGUUUCCAAUCUCGUUUGGUAUUGUGUUGAUAUCCAUCGUUUUCGCGUUUUAUGACUUUCUGCGUAUACUCGUAUGGUCUGUUUACACCUACAUCAUCACGUGGAUUACCGUUAGAACUGGGUUGUAUCAUAUCUGGCUGGGGUACAAAGGCGAUCUGGGAUCGGCGAGCCUGCAGCUGAAUGCCGAGCGAGAGGUAUCAAUGCUAAAAGAGAGAGCGAGGAUGGCGAGAAAGAGGAAGAAUGAAGAAGUCGUGACUAAGAGAGUCAGCGACAGUGCCAUGGAAGACGAGAACAUGAUGGUAUAAAUAAAGAUCGAGCAUGGUCAUAUGCAUGGUGUUGUGCGGUGGCCAUAUUCGUAGCAACAACACACCACGGAUCGGCUUAAAGUAGCGAUAAAAUAUCUAGUUGUUAAAGUAUGGCUUGUCACUGGGC